AUGCCAUCCUGGGAAGUGUUAAUUCUGUGUUUGCAUGCACUUACAACAGUUACGGGUUCUCACAUGCAAGGGGGUCUCAUAACGUUCAGACCCAGGGGGAAAAAUCCUGACGGGACAUUUGCGGUAAGUCAAUAAAGGGAUUAAUAAUAAAUAAUGAUAGAAUUACAAACAGUUUUAUGAUUGCAUUUAAGAGAGUUAAAAAAAAAAAGUCAAAAAAUGUAUGCACUGUAAUUCACAAACAGGGUUUCUGACUGUUAAGGUUAUAUUUACUAAAUCGAGAAUUCAAAGUGAAAUCUAAAGUUAAGGUCAAUAUUGCCGAUUGGAAAAAUGAUCGAAAUCAGCUAUGUUUCCAGUUCAGCUACUUUGGAGUAAAAUUAAACAUUUUCCUUGAAUUGACUUUGAAUUUUCACUUUAGUAACUAAUCCUGUAAAGUGGGAAUUGUUGUGAAUUUUGAGUACGUACGUUCAAAGCGAAUUUAAAAUUUUAGGCAAAAAUAGCCACAGCUAUGUUUUUAAUUCACCUUUUACAAUUUAAGAUUGACUUUAUAUACCUAAUAGUUCACAUUUCAGAUGUGAGAUACGGUUUGAUUAGAUUUUUUAAAUGUGGUUUAGUUUUUCUUUUCUUUUUUUUGAAAAGACGGUGAGGAAUUUUAAACACCAGUAAUUUUAUGUUGAGAACAAUUAGCCCUUCAUUACAGAAUUCUUAAAAAAACAAACAAAAAAAACAAACAUUUAAGGUGUUGGAAUGUUGCCAUUACGUUAACAUGCUUGCUGAAAUAAAUGUUUUACAACAUUUAAAAUGGUUUGGAAAAAAACUAAGAAAAAAGUAUAACCGAAAAAAAUUCAUCUAUAUUUAUUUAAGCCAGUAAAUUCAUUAUAAGCAAAAACGAAAAAAAAAAUGAAUAAAUAAACUGCGGUAUUAUUAUUUUCAUUUUUUUUUUUAAAUUUUGAAUUUUUGUUGUACAUAGUAAUAUCAGAGGGUGCAUAGUAUUCACUAUUGAAACAAUCAUGGUAUGAUUUUACACAGAAAAUAAAGUGUACAUAUUGGGAUCAGCACGUAUUUCUAAAUGUUAGGAAUGAGUAUAGUAGAACAGUAAGUGAGUUGCCUAUAUGCACAGAGACUAGGUUAAAGUGAGAAACCCCCCAGGAGGCCCUUCAGUGAGCUAAAUGUGAGACCCAUAUUAAAAAACAAAAAUGCAUUACACAGCCUGCAUUAUCUACGGGUGUUAUGAGGCCCUUCUUGCCACAUAUGGUAAGGCCCUAUGCUUUGCACACUGACCCUCGUCCACCACCGGCUUAUCACCGAGGCGGAGAAGACCGGAGGAACUGUGGCAGUCCGGGUAGCAGGAGGAGCGGUAUACCGCUUACCAACUGCAAAAGUUCACUUAGACUAGGGCGCCAGAAAUGGGAUGUGUGAAGUGGGACUUAUGAACCAUCUCCCAGCAGAAGUGCUACUCGUCAAUGAUUCGGGGCAGCUAACCUCCACUUUUGCACCUCAAGCUAAUAUCGAGGAAUUAUAUCCUGUGAUGACCAGACAACAGGCCCGCACCACCCAGGACCACUUGCACUCUGAGGCUCAGGUAAGUACAUGUUCCCUUCCCUUUGCCCCGGUCCUCCUUCCCUGGGAUACCUCUGCAGAGUACAAAAAGAAGGUAGCAUUUGAUCCCUCCCUGCAGAAAUGUAAGGACAAAGUAGCCACUAGCCAGGCAGGAUUGGAGGGGGAACAGUUUAUAUUUAGAAUAUUUUCUCUUUUUCUUUUCGGGAGUUAUGUUAUCCGAACACUCUGCAUUCAACUCGAGGACCACCCGAACGAGGACCGCCUUGGUACCCCGUUAGAACAUUCUCACCUCAUAAACUAAGUGCGAAACUGCAAGGGAAGUAAUUAAUGAAUGCUCCCCUGGGUGGCCACCAUUUCGUAUAACCGAAUGCACGUGGAUGGCAAAAGAGUGGCGGCCGUUUUGUCUCCGGAACGUGGGCAGUGGUACUUGGUCAUCAAGUGCCUGGACCACUUUUUGGCUAGGCACUCACACGAGCCCCGGUAAAACUUAUACCACUGCCCGUCUAUUUCCCGCCCAACUAUGAGAACGAUGUUCGGGAGAUGGAAACUACAAACUGUAUAUUUUAUGUAUGUUUUUACGCACCUGAGAGAUAAUUGAGGUAUUUUUUAAAACAUUUUAGAGAGAUAGAGUUAUAGUUUUUCUCACGCAAUUAGCUCUCAGGGAAGAAAAACCCUGUACUGUUUUGUGGGAGACCCCAUGUAGGGGUUUGUGCAUAAAAACCGUGUGUGGCCUGAAAUAAAUCAGUUGACUCCCAGAACUAUGUUUCAUCUAGUUACUGAGGGAAUGGAUGUCUGCAUGUUUUCAUGGUUCCAGUCUAGCUGAGAGAAGGAAUUAGCGGAGGUAACCAGUCGGGUUACCCGUGGUCGGCAACAGGGAGGAAUUUUGAAUUUUGGAAUGGGAGUUCUAUAGUCAAUAUGAAUUUUUUUUCUCAGUUUGAUGAAAAUGUUUUGCCAAUGUUUCUUUAUAUGUUAAACAAAUAUUGUAAUUUUGUCAGAAAAAGAGGGAGGGUCUGGUCGGCUUCAGACCUGCAACAUGCAUUAAAUAUUUUAUUAGGGUAAUUGUGGUUGGGGACAGGACCCAGCAUAAACAAAAAAAUAAAAUUGUGUCCGAGGGAGAGACUCUGCAAUUUGUGUGUGGUGAAAUGGUGUUGGGAUUCCUUCCAGAAUUUUCAAAUUACCAGACUACCUCAGAAACGGAAAUGGUACAUACCUCCAUUUACAGCUGGACAUUUAAUACAUUUUGUUUCAGACUUUCUGGUCAUUGAGCAUAGUCUAACAGGAGAUUUUGAUAUUUUCUUUAAAAAACAUUAAAUCUUUUGUAAAGCUUAUCCAAAAAUAUUAAAUCGAGGCCUUAAUUGUAGUUAUUUUACUGACCUCAGAAUCAAAAGCUGGUUUAACCCUACAGCAAGUCAAACUAGCAAUUUGUACUUUUGAUUCACAAUUGCACAAUAAACUGAAGAUAACAAAACUACUAUUUAUUUAUUUUAGGUUUAUUUUAAAUAUAAAGCAGCAUUCAAUUUUCAGAAUGACUAUGAGAUUACCUGGUAUUGCUAUUCAGGAGAUUGUGGCUACGAGGUACAUAGGACUUCGGAACUUGUGGAGCAAAGCUCAUAUCCAAACCAGUGGUACCAAACGGAGGGUCGUUUUGUCAGGCAUUUAUACAGCAGUAAACCAUUUCAGCUCAGGUAAGUGGGAAUCCAUCUGCAGAAACAGAUUAAUAUUUUGGGGGGCAUUUGCAUAGUAUAAAUCUCAGUGAGAAAUAUCCCAUAAUAAUGACAGUUUAUAAAAGUGCCGACUUCUAUUAGAAAUCAACACUUUUAUAAAUGAUUAAUGGAACACCCACCCUGGCUGUCAAUCAAACAGCCAGAGGGGUUUCUUCCUGCUUCUGUUAGCUCCCCUGAGCUUAAGGAAGUGGCAGAUGCAUUCUACUUGAGCGUGCCUGCCUUCCCCUCUGCAAACCUUUAACCAGCACCAGGAUCUCAGUUCAGUAUGCUAUUCGUACGUGCGCACAAGCAAAUGUGCAUGCAUGAACAGGCACACUCAUGUGUGAAGAGCGUGCCCUUCAUAAGAACUGCCACUUUUGCAAUCUGUUUUAAGAUAUACUCCCAAUGAAUGCAUUAAUGUAUUUAAUGGGGUUGUAUCUAAUAAACAAUGAUUUUAAAAAAAAAUUCUAAUAUGGGGGUAAAGUGUUCCAUUAAAGCAAGACACAGUUUCAGUUACCAAUCAAAUUUACUCACAAAGCCAUGAUAGGCUUUAAUCUACUAUGCAUCACUUUGUGGGCAAAGUUGGAGUCCCGACACCGCUGUUUGUGCCCAGAGAUCUCAUCGAAGAUCGCAAUCCAGCGUCCAUCAUGAAACUUCAGCAUUAGCAUUAAGAGACAAGAUGUUUGAUUUCACAAAAUGCUAAAUUAAUUGCAAAAUAGCUUAAAUAUAAGCAUUUUAUCAUGUGUGGUCCAAAUGAAUCGAACAACAUACAGACUUCUAUAUGUGGCCAUACACAGCAAAAAACACUAAAUACAGCUUGUGUACCAUAUUAUAAUGGUUUAGAGCGAUUCUGGUUCAUAAAAACAAAUCUUAUGUUUAUUCUUGAAAUUAAUAUUUUCAAGGUUAAAGGUCUUACCUUAGUCCAUUCAUAUUAAGUUUGUAUACAUUUUAUUUGACAAUAAAAACCAUUUUUUUUGUCACCAGUGAUAUCAGCUGCUGUUGGGUUAGUAAUCAUGUUGGCGCCAGUGGAUGGAGUCUUAUAACUGCAGUGGAUUUGGGAACUCGCUCUGACAACGCCAAGCCAAACAGUUCACCUGUGACCACCAUAAUACCAAAAAUCAGGUACAAAAAACAAUUUCUAACAGUGCUUGAUUAUGUAUGGGCCACCUGCUUUAAAGCAAAACUCGCACGUCCCAGAAUUAUAAUACGAUGUUCACUUAUCAUCUAUAUUUAACAAAUAUAUAUUUGAUUAUUUGUGAAAAGUAAAUCAAGUUAGCUUUAUCACCCAUGCAAGGCUGAAUUAUUUGUAAUCACGACAGGUUACAAUCAUGAUGUCUUUUAAAUGCAUACAUAAUAUUAUGGCAAUUUUUUUCAGAUCGAGCAAUAUUCAUCUGAAGAACAGAAUCCUCCAUUUAAAUAAAAUUCAUGUUUUUGUAAUUAAGGGUUCCUCAAAAUUGUCCGACCUCCUUCAAUUUAAUGGCCAAUGAUCCUGACGGUGACAUCGUGCAAUGCAGAUAUGGAGAUCGUUGGGCUGGAGAAUGUGUAACCUGUUAUCAGCAUCCUGCUUUUAAUUUAAACAAAGUGAGUGUUCGAUCACAAGCUUCCUGUCCAACAGUACUUUGUAUUAAAUAGUUUGUACAAUAUAAUAUAAGAAAAAAUCCUUUAUAAUUGAGAUUUUUAAAUGAUUACUCCAACCACCAUAACCACUUUAGUGACUGGAAGUGGUCAUGGUGGCAAGAGUAUGUAUGCGCAGUAUUUCUGCUUUAAACAUUGCGCAUAGUGAGUUAUUUUUUAUUGUUUUGAGUGCUAUUUGCCCCCCAGCACACAUGACACUGGCUAUUCUGGGCUACCUAAUUCUGUGCAUUGAGAGUUGCCAAACUGGAAGCAUACCUGACUUGGAGAAUUUUUCCAGUUUGGCUAUUUUGGCCUUAAAUUUGAAAUUCGCAGUGAAUUCACUUCUUUAAAUUCCCAACAAUCUUCACUUUAGUGAUGAACCCUGUAUGCCAAUACAUGUACUCAAAUAUGCAGUCAUACACAUGCCUUCACGCUUUAUGCAUACACAGAACUACACGUGGGAGUUUAGCCAUUUGAAUGUGAAUUGUGAAGAACUGACAAACAGAUAAGCAAAAUCUAGGCCAAACACCAUAACCACUAGGGAAUCUUUAGUAGUUAUGGCACAUGGGUGCAACUUCAUCAAUCUUUGUGAAACCAUUUGUGAAGGUUGGCCUCUUGUCCACUCCUCAGAUAAUACUUUGAGUUUUGUAUUUUCUGUUUAACUUUGUCUAUGUCUGGAUGUCAAUAAAAGGUUGUGACUGAUGGAGGCAGCUUGGGCAGAUAUGGGCGGAUAAUGUGGAAAUGAAACCUGCAUUUUCCAAGUGGCAGAAGAGGACUAUUAUUAACUGGGGAUAAUUAUUAUUUGUCAAAUCACUUCAAAAUGACCCAACAGAAGCUAGAGGGUCUGCACCCAAGGAGUUAGUGAGCUGGGGUUUUUAUUAUGCUUACAAUGUCUUUUCAAUAACUUAUUUUGUCGUAUCCCUUCCUGCAUACCAUGAAUCCAUCACGCUCAAUAUUCUUACAUAAACGUAUUUUUAUUUUUUAGGAGAGCUGUGUCCUGUCACUACUCUUUUCAAUGCCCAUUGGCUCCUACGUGUUUGAGCUGGUUUUAGAAGAUUUCCCCCGAAGAGAUAUUUAUCUUACACACACUGAUGGCUCGGUUAUCUACAAAUACAGGCCUUAUGUCCGAAACAGGCGUUCGGUACCAAAGCAAUCACGCUGGUAUUACUGGACUGACUCGUACACCGAUGUAACUUCUGAUUUAAUGACAGACACAAUGGACACAAGCGUAACUGAUCAUUUUACCUUUGAUGACGAAACUUCAAGUAUUCUGGAAAAUAGUCCAGAAAGUAAUACUCCAGAUAGUACUAUAUAUGACAGUACAGCUGUAUAUGGUACAACAGUGACUGAAUUAAUAUCCGUAACAAAAGAAUCAACUUAUGAGACUAUGAGAGAGACAAUUGAUGUGACAGGAGUAGAAACAACUGCAGACUGGUACUUAUUACAGACUACAACAGAUAUUGGUUAUGUCACUGAAACCGUCUCUCCGACCCAUGACCCCACUUCCACUCACAGUUUUAUUACUGAAGAUGAGCAGACCAGACUUGAUACUACAGAAAUCCCUGAGUUGAUUACUGCAGAAAAUAUUCCAAAGCAUACUACAAGGGACACUCUUCUGAGUACUCUGGAAAAUACUCCAGAAAGUAGUACUCCAGAUAUAUAUCCCAGUACAGCAGCAGAGGAUGAUAAAUAUGAUACAACACAGAGUAUUUUAGAGGAUACUACUGUGGUAACAGAGACUAAGCCAGUUUCAGAAGUUCUUACAGAUAGGUUUCCAGAAUCAUCUUAUCGGACUACGGCAGAAACUUACCACACACAUGAUGUGACAUUGCUAGAAACAACUCCAGAAUGGCACUUUCCACAGACUACAACAAAUAUCGUUACUGGCAGCGAAACAGCCUUUACAGCCGAUGAACCCAGUUUCAACAGCUUAAGCAAGAUACCGCUUCAGUUCAUCGUGGAAGGUAGAUAUGUCUAUUGUAUCAGAUUGUAUUCCAAUCUACAUGUUUCUGAUUACCUUAACUUGUUUGCCAUAUUGUGUUCGUUUCACAUGGUAUUCCAACUACACAACGCUACAGAAUAUGAUGGCAUUUUAUAAAUAAUAAUAAUAUUCAGGUGCAGGGGAGGGCUGGCAGCCUUAGGCCUGUGGGGGCAAAACCAGUCAAGUGGCCCAUUGCACCACCAAAUCAGUUCAUUCUCCAUGCCCACCAUUUCCUGGUUUUAUAACGGAUAUUGAUGUUAUGCUAAUCAGUAGCUCUUUGCCAUACCCGCUCCUUCACAGCUCUGACUUUCAAUGUUGUCAGAGCGCAGGCUGAGAAUCUCUGAGCCUGUGCUCUGACUCACUAACUGAGCGCCGGAACCACGAGGGAGAGGCUAUAAUCUGACUGCACCUACUGCUGGUGCGCACCAGUGGACCACCAGCGAAUCGUUUAAAUUGAAUAUGCUGGUGUCCCCAACUUGUGAGCUGUGUUGGCCGCCGGGCGCCUCUGUUGUCAUGGCACCCUGCGUGACCGCACAGCUUGCACACCCCAACGGCUGGCCCUGCUGACACACACUGAUGUUACUACUUAGAAAUCCCUCAAUAUUAAUACAGACAUCAGAGUAAACACCAAUAAACUGUGGAAACAGAGCUGAUCCCCCCAAAUUUAUAAAGAUUUGCUUAGUGGAUUUGUUGUAAGAUUAAAUCAUGCCUCCUCCUCUCUCUCUCCCAUGCGCUGCUCUGUAGGCUGGGAGGAAGUGAAGAGUAAUCACAUUCUCCCAGCACAGCGGCACCUGUGGCUGCAUGGGCAACAGCUGUUUAAUGUAAUGCUUGCAGGACGGCCAGCUGCCGCAGAACCUCUUUGUUCCCAUCUCUGCAAAGGGCUCCAGGUACUGCUUGCUGUGAGUGUGAGCCACUGUAAAUUAGGGGCAGAGGGCACUUGCACUGCGGUAAAGAUGGGUCUGGGCAGGAGGAGAGUGCAGUGCAAUCAGUGCACUCCCCUCCUGUGGAUCACCAGUAGACUGGUGCACCUGCCCAGGAUCAGACCCGGUGCAAGGAUUUUUGCUGCCCUAGACAAAAGAAAAAUUUGCUCCCCCCCCAUGUGACAUCACAAUGCCCCACCCAUAUGAUCUGCCAUAUGAACUAACGCCAGUGCUGCACACCGUGUGUGUUUACAUUAAAAAGCCUGCAUGGACCAGCUAUAGACACCAGAACCACUUCAUUAAGCUAUAGUGUCCCUUUAAUGUGAGGUAAAUUAUAGAUUAGUGUCACUAAUAUACUAGAUUGCCUACUUACAACCAGAUGAGGAUGGUGAUGGGCUGCAGUUUGGCUCCACUGGUCUGGUAUAGAUCAGGAUCUCUGGACGCUGUUUGUAACUGUGGUCACAAAAUUCAAUGUUCUGGGAGAAUUUGAAGCAGCUCCAUUUUUUGGGGGCCCCUCACACAGCUCAAGGUCUGGGCCCCAGGGCCUGACGGUGAGUAUGCCCACAAGGCCCACUCAUAAGUCCAGUUAUAUGUUCCACCCACCCAUGCGUUCGCUCACAGGGAGUGGAGUGUGUAGGGGAUGUGUUAUGUGUUAUUGUAGAUGAUCUAAUAUGCGUGCUUAUGGUAUGUAGUGUAUAGGGAUACCAGUUUGUGUAGGUGAUGCAGUGUGUUUGUGUGUAGUGGAAGCAGUGUGUAUUUGUGUACAAGGGAUGUACGCAGUACGUGGAUAUUCUUAAAGAGUUACUCCAGCCACCAUGACCACUUCAGCUUUUAGAAGUGGCCAUGGUGGUAGGAAUCUAUUAGUGCAGCAUUUCUGCAUUUAGAUGUAUUUGCACCUUCGGCACACAUAAGUUAAGGAAGUUUGAAACUCAGUUCCGGACUGCCUAAUGUCAAUACUGUGCCGAAAAUACAUCUGUCAUCUGCUCCAAUUACAGUCAGCAAUGAGAGCGUACGUGCAAGGGGAAGCUUCAUCUCCCUCUUUCUUUUAAUAGCCCCCUGCCUGCCACCCCUGCCUCCCUAUAAAGCCCUUAUCUUCCCCCCAUCUCUCUGUUCACCCCCCACUGUCUGCCUCCUCUCCCAUCGCCUCCACUCCCCAGCUCAGAGCAUGCACACCUGUCCCCAGACUUUAACCAUAAUCUAAAGAAAAGGGGAACUGAAUUUUGAUAUAAUUUGCUAAAACUUUAAAAUACAUUUAAAAUUAGUAGGAGCAUCGCAAAACAAACAUGUUUUAAUAAGUUAGCACACGUUAUAGGUGAUUCGUCACGUUUUACUCAAUGACGUAAAUGGCAGUGAACGAUCACAGUUUCCCUCCAUUUAAUUUUGUGCUCUACAUUGCUCUAAAGAUUUAUUAAAGUUUAUCUCAUUGUUUAUGUUUAUGGUUACCUGUACUGCUAUCCGAGGCAGACUGGAAAGAUUCUCCAAGUAAUCUACACUUACAAUUUCGCUACUUUGGCCUUACAGAUGACAUUCACUUUGAAUUCCCAACAAUUCCCACUUUUGAGAGCAACCGUCUAUGUGAGGGCCUGCUACACAUCAUUAUCAUAGCAACUAAUCACAUCUGAUUUUUUCCAGUGACCAGCAAUGUAGGGUCCUGUGAAUACGGCGUCUUCAGACCAAAAUUUAUUUCUCCGACACCUAAUCAAGGUGAAACUCUACGUGCCAGAGCAAGAACACCCUUCCAACUACACCUCUCCGCGCAGGCAACGCACGACAGGUACGGCAAGCAGUGUUUUGUGUUCUAUUCACUUAAAAAAGAAAGUAAAUUAGUAGUUGUGGAAAAUUCUCAAUGGAAUAAAAAAAAAUUAAGUUUUCCAGGAAUGGCUAAUUUGUGAAGCUAAACGUGGUUUCAAAUAAAAAAAUAAACUGCUGUUUUUCAUCGAUUAUGAUUCUUAUUUGUGUUUCUUUUUUCUCCGUUUAGAAUAGAAGAUUUUCAAAUCAGUGGUCCAGCCAAUAUGACUAGAAGGUUCACUUUAAAUACUCGAUCCAGUACAACCAAAAGUAUGAUCGUAGAAUGGACACCAAGUGACAGUGAUGUUGAAGACCAUGUCCCCUUCUGUUUCAUUGCAGAAACAGUUGAUGGGUCAGUAUAUUCUUCCAAUAUUGACCCAGAAACAAAUAUUACUUUAUAUAUAUUUAUAACUAAAAAUCAUCAUGUCUUUCUUCCCCUUUAGGCAUCAUUCAGAAUUCAGAUGUGUCCUUGUAAUCGUUGAUUCCGCCGAUUUGCGUAUGUUGUCUUUUCUAGUAUAUAAUGUACCUUAUAGAUUUGCAAACAGUUCUUUAUUUACUAGACUGAACUAUUCAUAAUCCCUACCUUUUUGCGGUCAUAAAGAUUCUUUGGUUUAUGGGAAAACAAUCAGCACAGUUUAUAAAAGAGGUGGUAUAAAGUCAGUGGAUGUAAUACACUCACAACCACAGUUCCCUGUAAACAUUACUAUUUUUAACCAUCGGCCACUAAAAAAUGAGCUACAGUUAGCGUUUCUUUUUUAACUUUUUUAACCCUGCAAACAAGAGAGCAUGCUUAUUAUAUAGAUAGUAUCUGUAUCUUAUUAAACAGAUUCCAUCCAAAGCUCAAAUAUGUGCUCUUUGGGAACAAUAGUUAAAAAAGUAAGUUGUCUAUAUUGGAAUCAGUAAUAUGUGAACUCUGAUUUAAUAUUCUGGACGAUAUGGGAAAACAGACAGAAUUACAGAACAGUAUGCAAUGAAUUUAAUAUGUGUUCAUUCUGUACAAAUCCUAUAGAAAGUAUACUCACCUAGAGUACGUGCAUUAUCUGCAGCAAAUGGAAAAGGGCAGUAGUGUCUAACAAACACAACAUCCAUUAUACAUUUAUUGAAAGGAGAAACAAACAAAAAAGUAAUUUAUCUAUCUUCCUACCUACCUGUCUACCUAUCUACUUAUAUAUUUCUCCAUUUGUUUUUCUAUGAGAUUAGCCAAUACCGCCUUGAUCUGUAAUGAAAACACCAUGACUUUGAUCAUUGAAAAGUCAGCAACGAAUGGCCUGUACGAUAAUCACCUCCGAUUGAACGAUCCAGCAUGUCUGGUUUCCUCUAACACUACGCACCACAUUGCAAGUGUGGAAUUUAACUCCUGCGGAACAACAGUCGAGGUAACGGGAUACAACUGUUACAGCACAGGAGUUUGGAAUUGUUUCAAAUUCAGAAAUUGGCAGACAUUAAAGGGCACUGUAGACACUAUAACCAUUUCAUGUCAUUGAACUCAUUUGUGCAAUUUAACACUGAAAGAGGGUCUGUGGCUUCCCUACUGGAGGCGUGACUACGACAGCAGUUACAUGCUUCGUUUUAGCCAUAUCAAUUCAUACCUUCAACGGGCGCUGCGAGUGGUUGAAAGCAGUCAUCUGACACUCUCUCAAUAUGUUUUCCACGAUGAGGUAAUUGUAUUUAUUCUAUACUCUUAUAAUAUAUAUUUUUCUUAAAUCUCCCUAAUUACAAAAUCACGCGCCAUUAACAGUAUGAAGGCGGGAUGAGGCAUGGCUGGUCAGUAGGGGGAAUGCCAGACAUAUCUUAAUCAUCAUCACUGGUGAUAUGGUGGGGCCAAACCCUCCGUAAAACAAGGAGACACCCCACACUGACACAGAAUACCACAGGGAUGAAUGUGUCAGUGUACUAUAUUUACUCGGGAUGUUUUUCUGGGGUACCCAGAUAAGGAACUGAAGAUAAGAACCCAGGACAGGGGGGAUAAGGAACCAAAUUCAAGACUGUCCCUUUAAAUCUGAGUUCUAUGACACAUGUAAACGCAAGAUGACAAGUUUCUAUAAAAAAAUAGUUUAAGUCUCAUUUUCUAUUUUUGAGAAUCUUGCAUUCUAUUUGAUAUUCUGUAUUUGAUACUAUAGGAGUGAGAACAGUUUGUUUGAAUUAUUAAUUUAAUGACUUAAUACAUAAGCUACUGGUUUCCAUUUCUUUAGGAAACAGAACAUGAGAUUGUGUUCAAAAAUCAAAUUACCUCAUUUGACAGUGCAACGGCUGUUAUUUCAAGAAAGCACCAAGUGAUAAUUCCCUUUAAUUGCUCGUUUCCGAAAGAGAGCCGUGUAUCUGCUGCGUUCCGAGCCGAAAAAGCAGUUUUUGAGUUCACGGAGGCCGGAUUUGGUAACUUCACCUACAACUUCCAGUUCUACACGGACGACCAAUUUACAACUGUACAAACACAAUCUCCGCUGGAGGUCUGGCUGAGGGACAUGCUCUACAUGGAGAUACAAGUAGCAUCUUCUCUGCCCAAUGUACAGCUAUUUGUGGAGUCGUGCAAAGCCACCCCGCAUGAUAAUCCCAACGAUCCGGUGUUUUAUAACAUCAUAGAAAAUGGGUACGUUAAUUUAUAUGGUAAUUCUUAUUGUAUGGAGGUAGCGUAAAUGAAAGGAAAAGUUUGGUUAUUGUUGGGUUUUUAAGUGACUGGUCAAAAGCCGUUAAGAGGCUUGUGCAGUUCAACAAGCAGACUUACUUUACAAGCAAAAGUUGUGUUUUUCUCUUGUAUUCCCCUAUACUGUUCGCUGUCCAUAGAUUUUUCUUUAUGAUGUCUCCCCCAAGCAAUAUAGACCGACCGAAGCAGACACCUGUCUAAUUCUCCCCUCCCCCCACACCCCGGCCUAAGGGACCUACUACAAAGUCCUAAACACUUACCAGACAAGUGAGGCAUUAUAACCUUUUUCACAUAGCUGACUUCAUAUCUGCAAACGAAGUCAGCUAUAUAUUCUUUGUUCCAGCCCCAUAACGCAUAUCUGACUGCACAUAUCCCCUCUAAGUACACCAACACGUCAGCUCCACACACUCAGCUCCCUCUCUUCGACCCCCCUGCUCAGACAUGUAUAUCAGUGCAUCUCUAUUGGAAGCAUUCAGAGUCUCCAUGCAGAGCGAGAUGGUGCACUUUGGUCUUGCAACAUUUGCAGGACCCCAUCCUGAAAGUUCCUCUAGUGGCUGUAACACCCCAUAAAGGUGGCAUUAUGUAGCAAUGUAAACAUUGCCCUUUCACAGAAAGGGCAUUGUUUACACUGCUCAGCCUGCAGGAACAGUCUCUUGUGCCUGUAUACCAACUGUCACACCUUGAAUGCUGUUCUAUGUGCCUUUAUAACGCUGUUGUAGCAUACUGAGGAUCACUUAAAUCGUGCACGACAAAAAUAAAGAAUUACAAAAAAAAAAAAAAAAAUUAUCUGUAGCCGAGACCUAGCACUCAGCUGCAUUCUCCAAAUGAUUAUAUUUCCAAGCACGAAGCCUCAAGGAAUGCUUUUAUAUUGGGGCGCAGAGAGAGAAACUGGGUAAAGCUGUCCACUGAGGCCAUAUCUGUAGUUAUCAGACUGGAGGAAAAACAAAUAUUUGGAACCUUGACCCACUUGAUAAAUAAAAUAAUUUGUACUUUAAUAAUACAGGUUGAAUUUAAAAGCCUGCCCUGCCCCUCCCUCCCUCCCUAGCCGGGAACAAUGUGUUAAGUUUGAGGCUCCACAGUUCAGUGCUCGGCAACAAGGUGCCUUCACCUACAAAUGGGAACAAACACACCUGCUCAUAUAUGAGCGCUUACCGUGGCGAAAGCCAAAGCAAAAUAUGAAUCCUUGUGUCGCUAGUACUGAUCCCACGGCGCUUGCAGUGGUUGCCUAGUGACUGUUUCCGAAGGUCUUCAAGGACACUCAUCAGUAUGAAAAAUUGAAGGACUUGUCCCUUAAUAGUACUUUACACCUUCUAAACUGAAAAAAGACACAUUGUACUGUAGAUAUUUGAUCGCCUCACUUUACAUAUAUGUCCCAAUCUGGAAGUGUACCUGUAUCAGUUGAAUUUAAUUUACCUAGUUUGAAUUUAGUUGAAUUUAACUUACUUAUACAUGACAACACAUACAAUACCACAUGUAAACCAAGGGUACUUACGCGGCACUCGGACCUUAUUGGUCGUACGGUGUGGUAUUGCCAUGGCAGAGGAAAACAAGUAAUGUAAAGUAAGACAUGUAAGAUAGAAGGCCUGCUCUGAGCCACGUGGAGGGGCAGUUGACAUUUUCCCCGCUUAUUGAAACACAUCACAACCAACACAGUCCACACAUAGUGGGGCGGUAGCCUGUGAAUUGUCCUCACACUUCGAACCUACGAUUCUCACAAGGGUAAUACAAAUAACAGCAAACCACCCCAUGUUACCCCCGCAUCCUAAUCCAAGUCCUUGGAGAGGGAACGGGUCGUAAGUCCCCCCCCCCUUACUCUGGUUUACUCCCCAAUAAGCACACCCAAUUUCCAAUAAAGGCGGAUUGGAGGGUACAUCAUUACCACAGCGCUGCCCGAUCUAUAAACUCCCCCCACCCCCAAGCGCAGGGUUACAGAGCACCCCACCCAGCCUACAAAAACAGCAACCGAGUUGGCUGCACCCCAAACAUACAGAAUAGCGUACCUUAGCCUGUUUAUUUUAUGUACCGGUGAUUCUUGCAAAACCUGUAUGUAUAUGUUACUUACAACUCAUAUCACCUUUUUCCUUAACAAAAAUUGUGCAUUGUAUGCAAACUUACCAGAAUGAUGUUAUUGUUAUUUUUUCUCAUGCAACCAAAAAUAAAGAAUAAAAAAAAAAAAAAAAUACAGGUUGAUUGACAGAACAAAGUAAGUGACAUUUAAGUCGUACAAACUGUGCAAAAGAUAUGGUUUGGUGAACUCCUGAUAUCUUCAUUUUGAAUAUUUUAUAUCCCUAUUAUUUUCCUAAUGACCCAACUGAUAACAGUGCUAUUUACCAGUGUGACUUGCCAGGAAUUCAAAGUAGCCAAACUUCAAUCACAACUAGCUUGGGAAAGUGAAUGAACUAAUUGCCCCAGAGGACUCUGGACAGGAUAACCAGUUUAAUUAGAUACAGCACAUACUGUGUCUAUAGUGUCCCUUUAACUUAGCAAACCUGGCUUUCAGUUGACUAUAAUGCACCAUUAAAUGAUUAAACGCCAGGCAUGUUACCAGUUUAAUGAACAAAUGUUUUCCUAAACAGUGGCAUCUCUAGACUUUGUGAGGCCUUAGGCGAAACACAAACACGAGGCCCCCACUAAUACCGAAAGUGAAAAUAAAUAGUGGUUCAUUGUGUGUAUAAGGUGCUGUAGUUAUACUGAAGGACCGGCUUGCAGCGCUGGAUACAGAGAGCUAGUCUCUGUCUUCAUUGUCCAGGGGCUUUCAGUAUUGCGGCUCCAUGUUCCACUGCGUUGUGAGCUCUCUGACUGAAGUUAUGGCAUAAUUAGCAAACUAAAUUAAUUUGCAAUAAACAAAUGUAAUUAGCAAUUAUGUUAAUCGUUUAUACACGAUUGCGGGGCAUGAUUACAUAGCCUUGCAGUCGGGAAUAUAUAAGUGCAGGUGUGUGUAUUUCUGAGUGUAUCUGGCAUUGUCUACCUGUGUGUGCAUGAAAGUGUGUGUCUGACAGAGAGUAUCCUUGGGUGUGAAUGUAUGUCUUUGUGAGCAUGUGUCUGGGACCUAUGUGUGUGGUGUAGCUGCUUGCUGUGUGUUGUGUUUAUGAGGGCUGCCUGUGGCCUUUGUGCAUUUUGUUAUGGCACAGCUACGUUUCAUGACUAAGUGUGUGUGUCUGUAUAUGAUGAAUGUCUUCAGUUGGUGAGUGUGAUAGGGUGAGUUUGACAUGGUUAGGGGGGUAAAUGAAGAGUUGUGAAGAUGUGUGUGACAGAUGAAUGAGGGAGAGAAUGAUAGGGCGGUUGUGACAUGGCUGGAGGAGGGAGUGUGACAGGAUCGGAGGAGGUUAAUGUGACAGGGUGCAUGUGAGGUGGGAGUGACAGGGUGUGUGGGAGGGGGGCUGUGGGGUGACAGGGUGGAUGGCUGUGAUGGUAAGUGGAAAAGGCUGUGACAGGGUGGGGUGGCUUUAACAGUUUGUUAGUGGGGUGACAGAGUGCAGGUGGCUGUAAGGGUGUGUGUGAGGGGCUGUAACAGGGUGUAUGUAGGGUGUGGGGUGACAAGGUGUGUGGGAGGGGCUGUGACAGUGUGUGUGGGGAGACAGGGUGACUGUGAUAGGAUGUGGGGGUCUGUGACAGGGUGUUAGUGGGGUGACAGCGUGUGGGGGCUAUUACAGCGUGUUAGUGGGGUGACAGGGUGGGGUGGCUGUGAGGGUGUGUGUGAGGACAGGGUGUGGGGGCUGUGACAAGGUGCUAGUGGGGUGACAGGGUUGGGGUGGCUGUGAGGGUGUGUGUGGGGUUGUGACAGGUGUAUGUGCGAUGUGGGGUGACAGGGUGUGAUGGGGACUGUGAGAGAGUGGGGGGCUGUGAAGGGGCGCGGGGCUGUGAGCGGGUAGGGGGGCUAAGAGAGGUUAGUGGGGGCUGAGAGACAGUAGGGGUGCUGAGAGAGGGUAGUGGGGGCUGAGAGUGGAUGAUGGGGGCUGAGAGUGGGUGAUGGGGCUGAGCGGGGGUGGUGGGGGCUGUGAGAGGGUAGGGGUGCUGAGAGAGGGUAGGGGGGCUGAGAGAGGUUAGGGGGGACUGAGAGAGGGUAGGGGGAACUGAGAGAGGCUAGGGGGACUGAGAGAGGGUAGUGGGGGCUCAGAGUGGGUAGGGGGGCCAAGAGAGGUCAGGGGGGCCGAGAUAGGGUAGGGGGGCUGAGAGAGGGUAGGGGGACUCAUAAAUAUCUUUUUUUCCUUCACCUAUUCCCUGGUGGUCCACCGUCUCGGUCUCUGGUGGUCCGGCAGGCAGGUUCCAUGGUCUGCAGCUCCUCCGGGCGCAGAGCUGCAGACCACAUGGUAAGUCUCACGAUCUCCAAAAGUAUGAAAGCGUUGCAGUGGUAAUCUGUGGUAACGCUCUGAUACACUGGAGAUUGUGAGACAGUUCAGUGUGCAGCUCUGCGCCUCUCGAUCAGCGCAGACUGACUGGAAAGGCCUUGCACCUGGUAUAAAGGGCAAACUGCCUGGACCCCGCCUGUGUCGGGUCAUCGGUCAGAGAACAUGUCACUCUUCCCUAGGGCAAUUUAGGCGGCCGCGAGGCCCCAAUCAGUGCAAGUCCCUAGGCGGCCACCUAAAUUGCCUAAUUAGAGAGCCGCCCCUUGGGAAUCCUAAAGUUAAAGUGUUAUACUAUCUAUUUAGUAAAAAUAAUUAGUUUACAAAAACUUAUUGUUUACCUUUUUUCACCUGGUGCACAGUUUUCACCCUGGUCUCCUUUUUUCCACUGGCUGAGAUAAUCAAUACUAAUGAUCUCAUCCAAUCCAAUGCUUCACAAUAGAGAAACAUUGGGGGAGGGGGCUAGUGUGCGAGCAUGGCAAUAGCCAUUCUCAGUGCAUCUCUAUGGGGAGCAUUCAGAGUCUCCAUGCAGAGCAAGAGGUUGCACUUUGGUCUUGCAACCUUUGCAGAACCACAUCCUGGAAGUCCCUCUAGUGGCUGUAACAGCCCCUAAAGGUGGCAUUAGGCAGCAAUAUAAACAUUGCCCUUUAACAAAAAGGGCAGUGUUUACACUGCUCAGCCUGCAGGAACAGUCUCUUUGCCUCAGAACCACUACAUUAAGUUGUUUUGGUACCUAGCAUGAACAUUUAUUUAUAUUUUUUCUUAUAGGUGUUUGAAAGAUGAAACUUUAAUUAAUUUCCCUGGAACAAGAACACAAUUGAGGUUUGGAAUAGAGGCAUUUGCGUUCAUUGGAGACUAUGAAGAGGUAAGAUCUGGAAAACUUUUUUUAACUUUCAACCUUGCUGUACAAGGAAAAGAAAACUUCACAUGGAAAAGCAAAAUCCCUGGUCUGCCCAAUUUUCUAAAUACUUUCAUUAGUCCCUAGUCUUAUCUUAUAGUUAGGAUAGCCUUAUGCCUAUCCCACGCAUGCUUAAACUCCUUUACUGUGUUAACCUCUACCACUUCAGCUGGAAGGCUAUUCCAUGCAUCCACUACCCUCUCAGUAAAGUAAUACUUCCUGAUAUUAUUUUUUUAAACCUUUGUCCCUCUAAUUUAAGACUAUGUCCUCUUGUUGUGGUAGUUUUUCUUUUUUUAAAUAUAGUCUCCUCCUUUACUGUGUUGAUUCCCUUUAUGUAUUUAAAUGUUUCUAUCAUAUCCCCCCUGUCUCGUCUUUCCUCCAAGCUAUACAUGUUCCAGAGUCUGCCCACAGGGAUGCAGUAAGUGUGUGUGCACAGUGAUUGUAGUGUGUGUGUGUGUAUAAUGGAUGCAAUAUGUGUGUGUAAGUAAUGCAGUCAGGGCCGGGGCAUCCAUAAAUCGGCACAACUGGCCGCCAAAGCAGGGGGGCGCAAAACUCAUAAUACCCUGGUUCCGGCCCUGCCUCUGGCUCUUCCUCUGGCUCCGGCCCUGCCUCUGGCUCUUCCUCUGGCUCCGGCCCUGCCUCUGGCUCCGGCCCUGCCUCUGGCUCUGCCUCCGGCCCUGCCUCUGGCUCUUCCUCUGGCUCCGGCCCUGCCUCUGGCUCUUCCUCUGGCUCCAGGCCUGCCUCUGGCUCUGCCUCUGGCUCCGGCCCUGCCUCUGGCUCCGGCCCUGCCUCUGGCUCUGGCCCUACCUCCGGCUCUUCCUCUUGCUCCGGCCCUACCUCUGGCUCUUCCUCUGGCUCUGGCCCUGCCUCUGGCUGUUCCUCUGGCUCUGGCCCUGCCUCUGGCUCCGGCCCUGCCUCUGGCCCCGGCCCUACCUCUGGCUCUUCCUCUGGCUCUGGCUCUGGCUCUGGCUCUGGCCCUACCUCUGGCUCUUCCUCUGGCUCCGGCCCUGCCUCUGGCUCUUCCUCUGGCUCCGGCCCUGCCUCUGGCUCUUCCUCUGGCUCCGGCCCUGUCUCUGGCUCUUCCUCUGGCUCCUGCCCUGCCUCUGGCUCCGGCCCUGCCUCUGGCUCUGCCUAUGGCUCCGGCCCUACCUCUGGCUCUGCCUCUGGCUCCAGCCCUACCUCUGGCUCUUCCUCUGGCUCCGGCCCUGCCUCUGGCUCUGCCUCUGGCUACCUCUGGCUCUUCCUCUGGCUCCGGCCCUGCCUCUGGCUCUUCCUCUGGCUCCGGCCCUGCCUCUAGCUCUGCCCACCACUACUCCUGUCCCCCUCCUUUAGAGCCCAUGUGUCAGCUACUGUCCCCUUUCAGCUCCUGCCCCCUCUCUCCUGCCCCUUCUUCCCCUGUCCCCCCCCUCUGCAGCCUGUCCCCCUCUUUGCCCCCUGUGCCUCAUCUACAGCCCUGUGUCCCCCUCUACAGCCCAGCUGUGGUCCCUCUACCCAUGUGGUCCCUCUUUAGCUCCUGUCCCCCCCUUUUAGCUCCUGUCCCCCCCUCCCUCCACCCCUGUCCUCUCCUGCCCCUCCACAGCCCUGUCCCCUCCUCCCACAGCCCCUGUCCCUCCUCACAGCCCUGCAGCCCCCUCACACCUGCCCCUUCUUCUUCUGUCCUCUUUCUUCUUCUGCCCCUCCUUCUUCCCCUGUCCCCCCCUCUAUAGCCCCUGUGCCCUCAUCUACAGCUCCUGUGUCCUGCUCUACAGCCCAUAUGGCCCCCUCUAUAGCUCCUGCCCCCUUCUUUUAGCUCCUAUCCCCCCUUUCAGCUCCUGUGCCCCAUUUCAGCUCCUGCCCACCUCUCAGCACCUGUGCCCUCAUCUACAGCAUCCUGUGCCCCUCUAUAGCAGCUGCCCUCUCAGCUCCUGGCUCCCUUCACAGUAACUGACUCCCCCUCCCAGCCCCUGCCCCCCCCCACAGCCUCUGUUCCCCCCUCACAUUCUCUGCCACGCCCUCACAGCCUAUGUCCGCCUCAAAGCCCCUGUCCCCUCAGCCCCGUCCUCCUCUCAGCCUCCAUCCCACCUCAGCCCCUGCCCCUUCUUCCCCACCCUUUAAGUUCAGUCCCCCUCUCGCCCUGCACCCUCUCUACAGCCAAUGUGCCCCCCUCUAUAGCAGCUGUCUACUCCCUCAGCUCUUGUAUCCUCUCUUAGCACCUGUCCCCCCUCUUAGCACCUGUCCCCCCCCUCUUGCUGUCCCGCUCACAGCUCUUGUCCCCCCUUACAGCCCCUGUCCCUCCCCUAACAGCCCUUGUCCCGCCUCACAGCCCCUGUCACCCCAUAGUCCUUGCAGAGGACUCACCAUAGCCCUUGCAACCCUCACUACAGCCCCUGCCUCUCCCCCCUUCAGCCCCUGUCCCCUCCACCACAGCCCCUAACUCCCCUACUACAACAUCUAUCACCCCACUACACCCCCUAAAUUUUCACAGACCCCUGCUCUGUAUGCCUGUAUCUGUAUGACUAUAAGACUAUGUAUGUCUGUGUCUGUAUGUCUAUGUCUGUAUGACAGUAUCUAAGGGCACACUUUUUUUUACACAUAACACAUUUUGGCACGCUAAAGUGCAAUAGGUGUUUGAAGUAUAUCUUUAACGUCUGUUGCUUUCAAAAAAAGGUUAUUGAAAGCAACAACUCAAGGACAGAUACAACAAUAAUUUAGUACAGUCUAUUUUCAAGUGAAGUGGCUUUUUCCAUCUAGGAUAGUAUUGUCUCUAGAUAAAUAGUCAUUGUGUUUUAUAAAAUAAAACAAGAUUUUGUUUUUUCCUUUGAGGUUUAUGUGAGCUGCACAGUCAUAUUAUGCAAGCUAGGGGACCCCAACACUCGUUGUGCUCAGGGCUGUACCAGCAAGUCUUCAGAGACCAAUGCGCAUCGCCGUAGAAGGUCAUUAACAUCAGAGUCACUGCAACACUUCAUUUCCCAGGGUCCUUUGCGUAUGAAGAGGCAAUCGCCCAAUCAAGGUAAUGGGAUUGGCUGUGAAGUACAUGAGAUUUAAGUCUGGGGAGUAAACAAAGGGACACUCCACUGCCCAAAUACAAAAUAAAUAGAAAUCAUUGUUCAGUAGAUAUACUCCAAAUGAAUUUGCAUUUUAUUAAACAUUUUUUCAUUGGGGAUAUAUCUAAAAACUACUUGCAAAAACUGCAGAUCUCCUGUCUGCUGCCUUUUCAAGCCCUCCUCUUCUAACCCCGCCCAGACUUUCUGUGGUUGCUCAAUCACAGACUUCCCAAUGCAACUCAAUGAAAAAGUCUUUGAAAGGCAGGGACAAGGGCAAUUUUGUCCUCUUGAGUUCAGUGCAAAUAAGUCAACCAAACCAGGAAGUAACAUUACCUGUUGUCUGCUUGAAAAGCCAGGGGGUGUAACCAGUAUAAUUUAUAAAAGUGUCAAUUUCUAUUGAAAUCUGCACUUUUUUAAAAUGAAAAAAAUAGAACACACACUUUGUACAUAAAGCUUUUCAGCAAGCUAAAGUGUUCUAGGGGUCUGGAGUGUCCUUUUAAAAGAACACUACAGCGUUAGGAAUACAAACCUGUAUUAGGUCCACCUGUCGAAUGACCCAGCCCUAAGGGACAUCGACGCUGAAAUUGGGUGAGUGAUUAAAGGUUUUUUCAACCCUUUAUGUGUCAAAGAGGGGAUGGGAGGUGGUGGAAUGGAACCAGAGGUCAUUAUAGUGUACUUAUUUCCUAACACUAUAGAUUCUCUUUAAAAGGACACUCUAGACCACUAAAACACUUCAUUUUGCAGAAGUGCCUUAUGUGUGACAUCUCUCACUUGACUUUUCAUUAUAGAAAAAGUGCAGAUAGAAACGUUCAUUAGAAUCUUUAAUAGAAAUUUACAAUUUUAUAAAUUAACCUUGUUACACCACUCUGGUUGUCAAUCAGACAACUGAUCCUUUUACUUCCUGGCUUCGCUAGCUCAAUGCAGCUGAACUCAAGAGACAGCAAUUGUCCAGAGCACCUGCCUUGCAAUUACUUUUCAUUGAGCUGCAUUGGGAAGUCUGUGAUUCGACAGCCUCAGAAAGUCUUGGAAGGGUUGGAAGGGGAGGGCUUGCAAAGACUACAGACAAUAGAUCUGCAGCUUUUGAAUGUUGUUUUUAUAUAUACCCCCAAAUUUAAAAAAAUGCAUAAGUAAUUGAAUGCAUGUUUUCAUUGGGGGUAUAACUAGUAAACAGCGAUUGUUAUUAUGUAUUUGUUUUUGUGUUUGGGCAGUGGAGUGUCCUUUAAACUCUGACUAUAUCUGAAAUUGCAAUCAUUUUGUUGCUGAUAGCACACUAUAUUUUAAAUUAAAUGAUAAAAAGAUGCUGGACAUUAUUUCACAGAAACAAGAAUGAUGAAUUUAGGACAAACUAUUCUGACAUAGGCACAGCUUAGAACCUCAAAGUCUAGCAUUCUUCUUCGUAGUACAUGGCUUAAAAAUCCUGCUAUAUUUUUACCAUAAUUUUUCUUAUUCAUUAAUUUCAACAGAUUCAGAUGGAAAGGUUGAGCUGAAUGUGAACAGCCUGGUUGUGUCUCUGUCCGGAGUCGUCGUUGUCGCUUUAGUCGCUGUGACAAUAAAUAUGUCUAUGAGAAAAGCAAGAAUGACCAAAUAUGAGAAGCUCCCAACAGAGGAACUGUGA